AUGCGUACCAAAGCAGGUGCUUCCAUGGCAAAAUCAUUCGAUGCCCAGAAGUAUCUGAAGAGAGUCGGAUUAGGGAAAGAAGAUUAUCACUUCUGGAAGCAAGUGGGAAAGGCUUUGCUCUGUACUUACACUCUGUUUGGUGUGGCGUGGGUGUGGAAUGAAACUUCGCCGCUUGGUUGGUGGACCUUAAAGCCACGGCCAAAGGAAGAAAAAGAAUUAGCACAUCUUUACGAACGCCGGAAAUUUCCAUAUCCAGGUGACGACAAGGCCAUGGAAGAAUUCGUUGCCAAAGGUGGGAUGAUUGGGACUACCAUUGGUCCCAAGGGAAUCAUUGAAUCUGAUAAAGAUUCAUACAAUUAUCAGAAAGCAUUGCAGGAUAAGAAAGUUGACCAAGAAGCCUUCAAGCUAUGGACAAGGAUGAGGAAUGAGGUCAUUUCUGAGCUUCAAGAGAAAGGUUUUGAUGUAGAGUGAGUGAAUAUAGUUAAUUACUGUUAAUCGGAUUUGCUUCUCUCAUGCUUAUACCUUAAUUGCGCAUUUUGUGCCUUGCAAAUUUACUAUGUAUUAUGUAUUUUGUAGUUGGAUGUUUAAUGUGGGCAAUUAUGGAAUAAGGUUUUAACUAUUUUAGCUCAAUCAAGUGCUAUCUCGGAUGUGGUGGACCUUUGCUGUUUAUCCUACUUUAAUUUGCAGAAUGUGAUAUCAUCUGUUGUUUAA